CAACAACUGCCCAAAAAGAGCUCCCUGAAGUUACAAACGUUUCCAGUAGCGAAGGUAUACAGGAAGCGAUCGAUGAAGCUGCUAAUGCCUCCAAAGAAAGUGCUGAACCCAGUACUGAACCUAAGACUGAACCUAAGACUGAAAAUGAUAUCGCUGAAAAAUCAGAAAUCACUCCAGCUGCACCUGAAACGACUGCUUCUGCUUAA